AUGAAAACUCUCCAAUCUCCAAGAAGUGAUGAUGUUGAAAUAUCAAAAUCAAAUUUAGUACACAGAUUCGUAGAUUCUUUCAGGAGGGCUGAAUCACCAGAGCUGGAGGAAAAUGAUUUAGAAGAUGGAACGAGAUCAAUUGUGACUAAAACUCAUUUAAAAAAAGCCAUGAAGUCAAGGCAUGUUGUCAUGAUGUCGAUUGGGACAGGUAUUGGCACUGGGCUUUUGGUUGCCAAUGCGAAAGGGUUAUAUUUUAGUGGCCCAGCUUCUUUAAUUAUCGGUUACGUGUUGGUCUCAUUCGUUACAUAUUUCAUGAUUCAAGCAGCAGGUGAAAUGGCUGUCGCUUAUCCUACAUUGCCAGGUAGUUUCAACUCAUAUACAUCAACAUUUAUUUCAAAACCAUUUGGGUUUGCUACAGUUUGGCUAUUCUUUAUCCAAUGGUUGACUGUGUUCCCAUUGGAGUUGAUCACUGCAUCAUUAACAGUGAAAUACUGGAAUGACAAGAUUAAUGCUGACGUGUUUAUCAUCAUCUUUUAUGCCUUCUUACUAUUCAUUCAUUUCUUCGGUGUUAAGGCAUAUGGAGAAACAGAAUUUAUUUUUAAUUCCUGUAAAGUGCUCAUGGUUGCAGGAUUUAUCAUCCUAUCUAUUGUAAUCAACUGUGGUGGUGCAGGGACAGACGGUUAUAUAGGUGCUAAAUACUGGCAUGAUCCUGGUUCCUUUGCUGACGGUCCACCUAUAACGAGAUUCAAAGGUGUUUGUUUUAUUUUAGUUAGCGCAUAUUUCUCGUAUGGUGGUGCUGAAUUAUUUUCAUUAUCUGUUAAUGAACAAGAAAAUCCUAGAAAAUCUACUCCUGCCGCUGCUAAGCAAAGUAUCUACCGUAUUUUAAUCAUCUAUCUGGCGACCAUGAUUCUAAUCGGAUUCAAUGUUCCUCACAACAGUGACGAACUGAUGGGAGCUGGGAGUGCUGCUACGCAUGCAUCUCCAUACGUCCUUGCUGCAUCUUUACAUAGUGUUAAAGUUGUACCACAUUUCAUCAAUGCUGUCAUUUUGAUAUCAGUAAUAUCCGUUGCUAACUCUGCAUUAUAUGCUGCACCAAGAUUAAUGUGCUCUUUGGCUGAACAAGGUUAUGCACCUAAAUUCUUAAAUUAUGUCGACAGAGAAGGUAGACCGUUACGUGGAUUGAUUCUUUGCGCACUUUUUGGUGUUAUUGGUUUCGUUUCUGCUUCUUCAAAAGAAGAAGAAGUUUUUACGUGGUUAGCUGCCAUUGCUGGGUUAAGUGAAUUGUUUACAUGGAGUGGCAUUAUGUUGUCUCAUAUUCGUUUCAGACAGGCAAUGAAGUUCAAUGGAAAAUCAACCGAUGAAAUAGGUUUCAAAGCUGUCACAGGAAUAUGGGGUUCUUACUACGGUUGUGCUUUUAAUAUUUUAGUGUUCAUUGCCCAAUUUUGGGUUGCCUUAUCUCCACCUGGUAGCGGUGGUAAAUGUGAUGCGGAAGCAUUCUUUCAAAGUUAUUUAGCUGCACCAAUUUGGCUAGUAUUCUACUUCGGUUACAUGAUAUAUAAAAGAGACUUCACUAUACUUAACCCUCUUGAAAAAAUCGAUUUAGAUUUCCAUAGGCGCAUAUAUGAUCCUGAUUUUAUCAAACAAGAAGACGAAGAAAAUAAAGAAAGGUUAAAGAACUCCUCAAUAUGGGCUAGAAUAUAUCAUUGGUGGUGCUAA